CACCUCUAUAAAAGCAUUCUAUAAAACUGGUUCUAUAAAACUGGUUUUCAUUGUUGCAUGAAGAUUAUCUCGUAUCUAACUGACUGUUGUCACAGCACAAGCAGCUCUGAUGAUUGAAAAUAUUAGUCUUCUGUUAUAAAUUAAACUUAAUGCAGUUUAAUUUUCCUUUAACUAAAGAGAUUUGCUUUAGAAUGAUGGGAUGUUUUCAUAUUGGUUACUCUUAUUUUUUCCCAGGCAUGGAGAAGGCAAUUGUUCGUCCAUAUAAAAGGCCAAAUGCUCUCUGCAGGCUGAUUUGCUUUCCCUGGGCUGGAGGUGGAACUUCUCACUUUGCUCAAUGGGGCAAACUCUUCAGCAGCUCAAUUGAAGUGUCUGUUGUAAGGCUUCCUGGAAGAGAAAGUCGCGCUAAGGAGCCUUUUGCAAAAGACAUGACAGCUGUCAUUAAUGAAAUAACCAGUGCUUUGCUGAAAGAUCUGCAAGAAAAACCAUUCGCGUUCUUUGGUCACAGUUUUGGAGCUUACAUUAGCUAUGCAGUUGCGGUACACUUGAAAGAAAAGCAUGGACUAGAGCCGAUCCAUCUUUUUUUAUCAGGGGUAUAUGCCCCACAUUCUGAAGCAUUUCUUCUGAUGGGAAAAGUAAAUGAAGCAAAAGAUGAAGACAUUCUUGAACACGUCAAAUUCUUAGGGGGAACUCCUUCAGAGUUUCUGAAAAAUGAGGACAUCAAGAAACACUUGAUACUUACUGUAAGAGAAGAUGUUAGCAUUCUUCAGACAUAUUCGUAAAAGGCAGAAAGGAAAACCAUCUUCUCCUGUGAUGUCACCUGCUUUGAUGGCUCUGAAGAAACAGUGCAUGAUGCAGAAGCCUGGCUCAAUAUAACCAGAGGAGAUACUUCCAUUUACAGUCUUCCUGGAGGUCACUUUUAUCUGCUGGAACCUUCUAAUGAAAUUUUCUUGAUAAAACACAUAACCAAGUGUAUAGAAAAUGCUGCUCUAUGAGUAUUUCCCUCUAUUUUAAUAGCAGGUGUAAGAUUAGUCUACAGCACUUAAUUAUUAAGUCAUUCUUUCUGCUGAAUUGCAUUGUUAUGCCUAAAAGUUACUCUGUUCCUCCAGAUCUUCACUGUGAUUCUUUAAAAGCGU